AUGUCAAGCGUCGAAUUACUCGAAUAUUAUCACCAAGGUCCUUUGAUUCCCGACAUAGCUUCACAUGUGUUUAAUUUCCUUGACACACAAGGCAAGCAAAAUGUCGCCCGUGUCUGUCGCUUGUGGAAAGACGUUGUUUACUUGGCUGUACACUGGAAAAACGUCACUGUAGAGUUGCCACCAACAUGUAGUGAACUUCUUAUUCAAAGUUUGGUCAAAAGACGUAUAACUCGCAUUAGUUGUCCACGCUCUUCCUUUGAAGACAUUUCUGUUGUUUUUGCGUUACUACCAGAUAUAACUUAUUUAAAUGUUGGAGGUUGCCCCAGAGUCACUGAACUACAACUGAAACGCGAGUUCUGUCGACUAGAGAGAUUAAAACAUUUAGUUUUUAAGCGAUGUACAAGAAUUAGUGAUACUUUUCUUGAAGCUUGUGCUCCAAAGUUAAAGAAUUUAAAAUCUUUGGUGCUAGAAGAUUGUGAAAAUAUCACAGAGUUUGGUUUGAGAACUUUUUUAAAACAUGUCCAUGGAUUAGAAGGACUUGACUUAACUUGGUGUGAAAAUAUGAGAGAUGUCUGCCUGCAAGAUAUUGCCCUCAACUGCCCAGAAUUGAAGUCGCUUGUUCUCCGCGGCUGUGAUUGGCUGUCAGCAGAUGCGAUGCAUCACCUUGUUAACCACCUGCCCAAACUGGUCCAUCUUGAUUUCCGAUGGAGUCAUGGCUUGACAGAUGCUGGAGUGAAGAUUCUUGCUGAAGGCUUACCUAGUCUUAAAUAUCUUGAUGUUAAGGAAUGUCCAUUAGUCACAAGCAAAGGAAUUAAAUAUGUUGCAGAGAACCUGCAUCAGCUUGUACACCUAGCAUUUGGAGGCUCAGACAAUCUUAACUUACAGUUCUCAAGCAAUGACGAAGAAAUCGAAGUUAUGUUUUUGGAAAUUGCGGGCAUGGUAAAACUACAGGUGCUGCAGUUUGAUGUUGAAGGUGUUAGCGAUGUUUGUAUUAGGAAAGUGUUAAAACAGCUGCCAAACCUCACCAGUUUAGAUAUGGGUUUUGUUGACAACCUUACGGACACAACUGCUAAGAUAGUUGCACAAUUUUUACCAAACUUGUUGUUUUUGUCGUUAAGCAGUCCAUUUGUCCAAGACAUGGGAAUUACAUCAAUUGCUCAAAAUUUGAAGAAGCUUGUCUCAUUAGAUCUGCGUAAUUGUCCACUAACGAACAAAGGUCUUGCAGAAAUUGCCCCGUUUCUCAAAAGCCUAAAGUCGUUAGUGCUCUCAUCUCACCAACAUGUCACAAAUAUUGGUGUAAAGUGUCUGGCUGAGAAUGCAAAGUCUUUAACGAGCCUAGAUUUAAUGGAUUGUGAUUAUGUAACAAAUGCCGGAGCCUCGUUAAUUGCAUUGAAAAUGGUCAACCUUCAGCAACUCAAUCUCUCCUUUUGUCACAAGAUAAGCAAUAAAGGUGAGUAAAAAAGAAAUAUUCACUGUCUAUAACAUGUAUUAAUUUAAAAUUUAAUAAUUUCCAGACGUUGCAUCUUGUAUGAAGCAGGAGAGUGGUGAAUGACUCUCUUGGUUUUGGUACAGAGAGGGAGUGACAGUCUUCAAAUAUAUCCAAAAUGUUAACUAAAUAAUGAAUUAGUUGAACUUAUUAAUAAUAAAUAUGCAAAUAACUCAAUGUCUAAAGCAAAAAUGUGGUAGGGACGUAGGGUAUAUACAUUUUAGUUGUGCACUGCAAAAUACAAGGUCUGAAUUUCUCAUCUAUUUCUCUAGGUGUGAUAGACAUUGCAAAGAACUUGAAACAGCUUCGUCACCUUACUUUGGAUCAUACAAAAACCACAGACAAAGGGUUUAUUUAUGUCUCAAAAGAACUACCUCGAUUGCUGUCAAUUGGUUUGGAAGGGUGUAAGAUCUCAGACGAAGGCCUCAAGACAGCGUCACAGUAUCUGGGGAAUCUCGAGGAAUUUAAUUUUGGUUCCCAGUUAAUCACUGAUGAUGGUGUGGUGUUUGCAUUGAAACACUGCAAGGCGCUGACAGACUUAACAUUGACAUUCUGUCCUAAAAUAAGUAUUACCAGUGUUGAAUACGCUGUCCAGAACUUGCCGUGUUUGACACACCUUGGUAUUGAGCAGUGUUCACAAGUCUCCUUGCUCGGUAUUGAUGCUGUAAGGCAGCAUAGUAAUGUCACCAUUAGCUCAUUUUGA